AUGAGUCAGGAAGAUAUUUUGGCUCAGCUGAAGAAGGAUGUUCGCUCCUUGCUCGUUUCUUCCAAAACGGGGUUGCAUCCUGAUCAGCUCAGGCAUGACUACAUCAACAUACUGGGGCAACCAAUGCCCCUCAAACUGUUGGGCUUCAAGCACAUCAUGGACAUGGCCAAGGAGAUGCCUGAUGUAGUGGCUGUUAACUACCAGGUGGAUGGCAGCCCUUGCUUAAAAGCUGUGAGUGACGAGUCCACUCGACACAUCGAGGAGCUGGUCGCCAAGCAGCGUCUAUCCAAGACUGACAAGAAAGUGAAGAGGGGAAGCUUCAGCCAUUUCUCCCCGCGGUACCGUCGUGGGUUCUCCCCUGUUGUCCUUCCUAGAAGAGGCUGUGCUCCUCCAGCCCUCCCUGCCACUCUGAGGGCACAGCUUCGCUUCCUGCUUUCGCAAGUCGGAGUUAGGUUGUCUGACCUUGAGUCCAGUUAUGUGCGCUGCUUUGGUCAACCUCUGCGUGUCCACAACUAUGGCUUCUACUCCAUUGGAGAGAUGCUGGAGGCAGCAGCGGACAUGGUCGUUAUCCAGCAAGGCAGAUUCGGCUCAGUUCUGAGCCUCAGGGAACAUAUGAUACCGAGGUCAGUCCAGAGAUCACCGCUGAGAUCCGGACUCAUAAAGCCAUACACGCCAGCCUCCACAGACAUGCCAAUUAAAGUAUCAACAAAACCUCCAGCUGAAUUUCAGGUGAAGCAGACUCCUCAAAAACAAUGGCAGACCAAAUUGGAACCGGUCAACAAAGAGUCAUGUGUCAGCAACAAGCCAGCGAUUGUAGCGAAAAACAGGGACACCAAACCAGUGCCCUGCCAAAAUGGCCAGGCCUUUCAGAAACAAUUGAUGAAGAGUUACUUACUCCUCCCGUUUCUAUGUGAGCUGGAGGAGGACCUUCGUCAGCGUAUCCUGGAGAAUGGAGUUGCUGGCACCGUUAGUCAGGAGCUGAAGGACAAGCUACGGAAGAGUGGCUUUGUUAGUGUCACUGAGCUCAUUGAUGCCCUGAGUGACACUUUCCACUUGAAACCAGCAGAGGACAACAAUGGAAACCAUUGGAUAAUUCUAGACAUACAGGAUGCUGACGACACACAAUCAGCUUCAAAUGAAACUCGACGUUGUAGCGAUGAAUUAAAGUCAUCAGGGAAGAGCCAGUACUUCUGUACUGGUGAUUCUCCUUGGGAAAGAAACCUCGAAGGAGAUGAUGACAAUUUCAAAGAAGAUGUUAAAAAUGAAGAUUUAGACCCCAGCAUCAUUUCCAAGCCCAACGAAACGAUGCCGGCGGUGUACCCUGCCAUUCAGGUGCAGUGCACCUCCGUCAUACCACUGGACGCCUUGCUGAAUCAGCGAAUCAAACCGCCAACGCGCCACAGUGCUAGAGAGGUGGCGGCGGUCUUAGUGGAGCAGGUGGAGUCGCCCGGACACUUCUACAUCCGCUUCAGUGAGAACGCGGAGGCCCGUGCCAUGGAGGACAUGAUGUUCGAGAUGAGACGAUGCUACACCUCCACUGAGGUGUCAGAGAGAUACCGCCUUCCGGCGCAAUAUAUCCGACAGGGUCAGGUGUGCUGCGUGUCACCCAGAGCCAUGUGGUUCUACCGGGUGGUGAUCCACCAGGUUAUCAGCCCCGCUCUGGUCGAGGGCAACUGGAGCGCUGAGGCCACAGCUUCUUUUAAAAGCCUGUGCUCUGAUCGCACCCUAGUGGGUGCUCUGGAUUCCUACACUGGAGACAUGCUGCAGCUCUUCCUGUGUGACACCAACACUGACGACGACUUCUAUAUCCACACGGUCCUGCAGAGCCAAGGCCACGGCACGGCUUGCAGCCCUUUGGCCUCGGCUGCUGUUGAAGAGGACAAAGUACCUGCCCUGGAGUUAAUUAAGGAGAAUGACGAUGUCCCCAGCAUCCAGGGAAUGGAAGCAAACCAAUCAAGAGCCCUGCCAAAUGAUCAGACUCUCAGCUUUAGUGAAGAGGAACUGACUUUGGCACGUGAAACACCUCCCGCCAGUCCAAGUACAAUCUCUACUCUGUAUGCUCCUCAAGCUCUCAUCAACCCGAGGACGUCCCCUCUCGACUGUAAAACUGAAGCUAAAUCACAGUUCACCGCUCAUACGCCAACCACACCCAGCCCCAUUUCCACCAGCACCCCCACAUCAGCUGAUCCUCCUCCUUUCCUGGGGACACUGAGCCUCCACACUCCUGACCUGGGUCAAAUGCAGGAAUCCCCUCAAGACUACACUAUACUGCUGAUCAUUCCAAUCGUUGCCAUAGAGAUGCAGCUCAUCUCCACACUGAGCAACUGGAGACAAGCAAAGCUUAAGUCUGGCUGCUAA